UUCCAUAAAAACCGUGUCGGAGGUGUGAGCUUGCCAUGAGGAUUGUAAAAUAAGUUAACGGUCGAAUAUAAAAUACAAAAAAUUACACACACAAAAAUUUAAUAAAAAACGGAAAAGCGCAAAUUGGAUUUUGGCACCUUUGUGUACGCUGUUUGUGGUUGUUGUUGGAGGUGGUGCUGGUAGUUUGUUGUUACAAAAUUAAUAUAACAAUACAAAUAAUAACAAAUGUAAUGCUGAUGAAUAGAUGUUCAAGUGCGUGUGGAACCGUACCUGCUUUAGCAAUUUCAUUUUAAUGUAAUGAAACUACCAUUUCAAAAUUACAUUAAUUAGCAAAUAAUUUAAUCGUAAAUAAAAGUGCCAAAAAUUGAAAUUAAAUUAAAAUCUGUCUGCAAAGUGGUUGUGACUCGGAUAACAAACUAGCGAAAAGCACAAUAACAGAAGUGAGUGAUAAAUAAAAAUAACUAACAUAAGUGUCGUCAAGAAGUUCAUGUCUCAAUGCUGAUCUGGAUUUAAUGGAUGUGUAUUAAUCAAAUUGAUGUAGAGAAGAAAACGAAAGAAAAUUCGAUAUUGUGAAAUAAUUUAUAUUUAAAUCAAUUUAUCGACUGAAAAUAAUUUUUAAACGUUCGAUUUUGAGGGGAUAACUGUAAUGUUGUAAUACGAAUCACAACAUUUACAACAGUAACAACGACAGAGUAGAACAACAUGAAUUUCAAAUCGCUGAGUCUGUGCGGUUUGUUGUUGGUGGCAUUAUGCUGCUAUUCAGCUGUCGCCUAUCAAAUCGGUUUGGGCCGCGCCGAUUGUACUGGUCCACCGGUGGAAAUAAAUUUUAUGGGUUAUGCCAAUAUUAAACAGGUUGGUCGUGGCAUACAUUUGCGGCAAUUCGCCAGGGCUUUUGUUGUUGAGGACAAUAACAGAAAUCGCAUGGCAUAUGUUUCGGUUGAUGCCGGCAUGAUGGGCUAUGGCGUCAAGAGGGAGGUAAUUAAACGCUUGCAAACACGCUAUGGAGAUGUUUACCACAACGAUAAUGUCAUCAUCAGUGGCACACAUACACACGGUGCUCCCGGUGGUUUCCUUAUGCAUCUGCUCUAUGAUAUUUCCAUUUUGGGUUUUGUACCACAGACCUUUGAGGCCCUGGCCAAUGGCAUUUAUUUGAGUAUCAAACGUGCCACCGAAAAUAUGGUCGAAGGUAAAAUCUAUCUCUCACGCACCACCGUCUUGAAUGCCAACAUCAAUCGUUCACCCACGUCAUAUUUACGAAACCCCGCUGAGGAGAGAGCCCAAUACGAACACGAUGUCGAUAAGGAGUUGACCCAGUUGCGUUUUGUCGAUCGCGAAGAAAAUAUUUUGGGUGCCUUCAAUUGGUAUGCUGUACAUCCGACAUCGAUGAAUAACACCAACAAACUGAUAUCCAGUGAUAAUAUGGGCUAUGCUUCGUUGGUUUUGGAAAAGGAAUAUAAUGCCAAUAAGGUUCCAGGAAAGGGUAAAUUUGUUGGUGCCUUCUGUUCGGCAAAUUUGGGCGAUGUUUCACCAAAUAUUAUGGGUCCCAAAUGUUCAUUGAGUGGCAAUCCAUGUGAUCUGUUAACCUCCAAAUGUCCCCCAAAUGAAGGUGAAUGUUUUGCUUCGGGUCCUGGGCAUGAUAUGUUCGAGAGCACAAGAAUCAUUGGUGAACGUUUGGCCGAGGGGGCAUUGCGUCUGCUCAAUGAGGCCAGUCAAGAGGACUACAGCGGUCGUGAGGUAACCGGAGAACUUGGCUGUAUCCAUCACUUUAUUGAUAUGCCCAAUUACAAUGGCACAACCUAUAAUCCUAUGACAAGGAAAAUUGAUAAGAUUCGUGGUUGUCAACCGGCUAUGGGUUACAGUUUUGCUGCCGGUACUACAGACGGUCCGGGAGCAUUUGGUUUUGAACAAGGCACCUUGACCGAUAAUCCCAUGUGGAAUUUGGUGCGCGAUUUUAUUGUUCCACCCACUCAGGAUGAUAUUGCCUGUCACUCACCCAAACCAAUUCUCUUGGCCACUGGAAGAGCCACGUUCCCCUAUGAAUGGCAACCAAAAAUUGUCCCUGCCCAAGAAUGUCACAUUGGUGAUUUGGUUAUGGCCGCUGUACCCGGUGAAUUUACCACCAUGGCCGGCAGACGUUUGCGCAAUAAAGUAAGAGCUGUUGCUGCUGCCACUGGUGGCAAAGAUGUCGAUGUCAUUUUGGCCGGUCUCUCCAAUGUCUACUCCAGUUAUAUCACCACACCCGAAGAAUAUCAGGCCCAACGAUAUGAGGCAGCUUCGACCAUUUUCGGACCCAACACUCACACCAUUUACAUGGAUGUGUUUGAACGUUUAACCAAGGCCUUGUUCAGAGGUGAAACUGUCGAACCUGGACCCCAGCCCCCAUACAUGAAUGAUCGUAUGUUGUCCAUGAAUACUGGUGUCAUUUUCGACGGUCAUCCUUUGGACAAAGAUUUUGGUUACGUCAAACAACAACCAUUGAAGCAUUAUAAAAUCAAUGAUACUGUCGUGGUCACAUUUGUGGCGGGUAAUCCUCGUAACAAUUUGUUCCAUGAGAAAACAUAUUUAACUGUGGAAAGGAAAAUCAAUGAGGAACGUUGGAAGGUGGUGCACACCGAUGCCAGUUGGGAUACCAGAUUCAUUUGGGAACGCACCCACUUGAUUUUGGGUUUCAGUGAUGUUCACAUCCAGUGGAGAAUCGGUCCCAAUACCCUGCCCGGUGAAUAUCGCAUACGCCACUUUGGCAAUUAUAAAUAUAUCUUGGGUGGCAUCUUCCCCUACGAAGGCCAAACACAUUCAUUUACGAUAACGGAAGAUUAAGCCAAAGAAUCCAUUGAAGCUUGUGAGAAGUAUUUUGUUGAUUUUGUUGUUUGGUCUAGUCAUAGACUGUCUUGCAUCAGGGUGUAAAUAGUUCUAAUUCGAUAAUGAAUUUGCCAUCAUUACCGGUUGGCCAUUAUAAAUUUCCUAUACCAUAUACAAAUACUUUUUUUAUGGUAUUAUUAUUGAAGUGUAAAUGAAUUUAUAAAUAUACGACUAAAAUAUUGUCUAAAAAUUUCAUAAUUUAAUAUCGAUAGUAAAGAACCCCAAAAAAUGAAACUAUUAUGUAUUUUAUUGUAUUUAUAAAUAAAAUACUUAUUAAAAAGCUUUAUUUUUAUAAAUAAAUUAAAUAGUAAUAAUGAAGAAUAUA